AUGCCUUCGGACCGUUGCUUGCGCUUCGCGAGUGUCGCGGCUGGAUCGUUGCUCAUGGGAUGCGUGGGCUCGAACCACUCCAUCUCUGUCUGGAACGUGCAGCUGCGGACGCUGCUGGGCUACUCCGAGGCGGACAUUUCGCUCGUGUGUGCUAUGGCGUCCUUCGGCGCGUACUUCUCCGUCAGUCCCGGCUUUGUUUUUGACCACAUUGGCGCUCAGUAUAGUGUUCUACUGGGUGGGGUCUUGAUUGCUGCUGUUUACUGGACGCUAUACGCUGGAAUGGAAGCGAUGCCCGAGGCUAUGGCUCCUCUAGGCGUAGGGUCUGCCUUUGUGGUCCUCGGACAAGCCACUAAUUUCGGCGUAUUUGCCGCACUGGGACCCAAUGAGGACUUGUAUGGACCUGAGCACCGCGGCAAAGUCAUGGCACUACAGUUUGCAGCGUUUAGCGCUGGUGGGGCCCUUUUUGCAGGAAUGUACAAGCACUUUUUCGAUGGGAACGUCCCUUUGUACUUCCGAUUCAUGGGAUGUUUGAUGCCCGCCGUUUUUCUGCUGGCUUGGGUUGCUCUGUAUCGGCCUAGCAACGAGGACACAAUGCACUCUGCUAUGGCCGAUUUGUCGGGUUGUCCACCCGACGAAUCCGUGUCGCCUAUCACUGAUCGACAGAAGUGUGACGCUGACUCGGACUGCAAUCUUGUCCCAAUGGUGCAGCCCGAUCUUACAAGCUGGGGCGUUUGUUUCGAUUGUCGCUUCUGGUUGCUCUUUGCUACCGUGUUCAUCUUAGUGGGGUCAUCUCUAUAUAUUAUGGCGAAUAUCGCCUUCAUCGUUGAGUCCCUGGGCGGCCCAAUGGAGCAGAUUCCGACGCUGGUGGCGCUGUUUUCUUUUGGUAACUGCUUUGGGCGCAUUGUAUCGGGUGUUAUAUCUGACAGCGUGCUGGACAGCUGUCCUCGCAUCUAUUUUGUAAGUGUGGCUUCCAUCUUCGUUGGCAUUACUCAUGCGUUGUUCCUGGUCAUUCCGCGUGCGUACCUGUCGGUUCCUAUCACGCUUACAGGGAUUGCUGAUGGCGUCAUGUUCGCCACCUUUCCCGUUCUGACUCGAGAGACUUUUGGCGCACGUCACUUUGGCAAGAACUUUGGUCUCAUGAGCGUUGCUAACGCCAUUGGCUUCCCCCUGUUUUACAGCCCCAUUGGCUCCUUUGUCUACAGUUUGUCGGCCAAGCCUGUGGAUGGCGUCCAAAAGUGCCUUGGAGAUGAGUGCUUUCGGUCUGUAUUCUUCUUAGUCAUAGCGUUGAGUGUCGUAUCCUUGAUGGCAAGUCUCAAGUUUGCUGAACGGCAGCACUAUGCCCGUGUAUCAUAG